GAUCUUCUGCUAUUGAGGUUUGCUUGAUAAGGAUUGGAUACUAAACAGCCUUGUUCAACCGUGUAGAUUGAAACAACUCCAGCAGGAGACGAGAAGAAGCUGGAAGAUGGUGGAAGCGAGGCCCAGACGGACUCUACGAUGGCCAGAUUGGAGGUGGUCUGUUUGCGUGCUGCUCUUCUGUAUGUUUGGGACGGCACCGGGCCGCAAAGCCCCUAAAAGCCCACGGUGUCCAGCCACCUGCUCCUGUACUAAAGACAGCGCCUUCUGCGUGGACACCAAAGUCAUUCCUAAGAGCUUCCCGACGGGAAUCAUCUCUCUGACUAUGGUGAACGCCGCCUUCACAGAGAUUCCCGAAGGAGCUUUUUCCCACAUGCACCUGCUGCAGUUCCUGCUGUUGAACUCAAACACUUUCUCUGUGAUCUCUGAUGAUGCCUUUUCUGGUCUUGGACACCUGCAGUAUUUAUUUAUCGAGAACAACGACAUCCAGGCGCUGUCAAAGCACACAUUCAGAGGACUCAAGUCACUGACACACCUGUCCCUGUCCAAUAACAACCUGCAGGUUCUUCCCAGGGAGCUCUUCAAGCACCUAGACAUCCUUACAGACCUAGACCUGCGCGGGAACUCGUUUCGUUGUGACUGCAAGAUCAAAUGGCUGGUUGACUGGAUGGAGAAAACCAACACGUCUGUUCCGCCCAUUUACUGCGCCAGUCCGUUUGAGUUCCAGGGCCGACGCAUCCAUGAGCUCACACCGCGAGACUUCAACUGCAUCAGCGCAGAUUUCGCAGUUUACGAGACCUACUCGUUCCAGUCUCUGUCCGUGGAGUCGUACGAGUUUCAAGAUGACCAGUAUGUGGUUUUCGCUCAGCCCAACACUGGAAUCUGCACCGUCUUCAUUUGGGAUCACGUCAACAUGCUUUUCAAGACACAUUACAACAUCACGUCUCGUUCUGCUGUCUACUGUAAACCUGUGGUUAUCAACAACACUCUCUACAUGGUUGUGGCGCAGCUCUUUGGAGGAUCCCACAUCUACAAAUGGGAGGAUGGUCCAUUGCGAUUUGUCAAAAUCCAGGACAUCGACACCACCCGAGUCCGAAAACCCAACUUCAUCGAGACUUUCCAGAUUGAAGGAGACUGGUAUUUUGCAGUAGUCGACAGCUCCAAAGCCGGUUCCACCAGCCUGUACCGCUGGAACAGCAACGGGUUUUACUCACACCAGUCCCUCCAUCCCUGGCACAGAGACACUCACAUUGAUUUCCUGGAGGUGGACGGCAAACCUCGCCUCAUCCUCUCCAGCGCCUCGCAGCCCCCGGUGGUUUACCAGUGGAACCGCAGCCAGCGCCAGUUCGUUUUCCACUCUCAGAUCACCGAUUCGGGCGACGUUCAGAUGGUCAAGCACUUCUGGGUGCGGAAAGUGCUGUAUUUGUGCCUCACACGCUUCAUCGGAGACUCCAAGAUCCUGCGCUGGGACAACCAACGCUUUGUGGAGAUCCAAACCCUGCCAUCUAGGGGCUCAAUGGCCGUGUAUCCCUUCAGCGUCGGAGUGAGGCUUUACCUCCUGCUGGGCAGCGAUUAUUCCUUCUCCAGGAUUUACCUGUGGGACGAGCUCACCCAGCGCUUCCUGCCCUUCCAGGAGCUCAACAUGCUGGCACCUCGAGGAUUCGCCAUGGUCUCAGUGGACAAUAAGGAUAUUCUGCUGGCGGCCAGUUUUAAAGGGAAGACCAUGGCGUAUCAGCAUCUAAUAGUGGAUCUCAGUGCCAAAUAGGAGGCUG